AUGCACCGUGGGCGCAUCGCCGUGAACCCGGCCGCCGUCACGUUCGCCAUGUUUCCGCCGCCGCCGCCGCGCUUCAACUUCAACCACAUGUUUCCCGUGCAGGUGGUGCAGCCCCCGCCGUUUGCCUUCCACGCUGCUCCCCUGCCGCCGGUACAGCCGGAGCUGCCGGUCCAGGUGCGCCCUGUGUGGGCGGGGAACUUCAACGAAGAGUGGGGCUACCUCCAGAGCUUCGCCGCGUGCGCCCGCUACAUCGCUGUCGACGUGCACUACCCUGGACUCGUCCACGCCGCCGACCAGGACCUCAACAGCCUGCCGGUGGAGCACCGCUACGCGCUCAUGAAGGCCAACGUGGACGGCCUCAAGCCGCUCCAGGUCGGCAUCGCCGUCUGCGACCACCAAGGCCAGCAGGUCGCCUGGGAGUUCAACCUCCGCGACUUCUGCGGCCUCGCCGACCCGCACGACGACAAGGCCCUCGACUACCUCGCCCGCCGCGGCCUCGACCUCGACACGCUCCGCAACCACGGCGUCGACGCCUACAUGCUUGGCGCGCUGCUCAUGGGUUCCGGCCUCAUCGGCGCCGGACACGGGCGGCCGCUGUCGUGGAUCACCCACGCCGGCGCCUACGACGUGGCGUACCUUCUCAAGAUUGUCACGGGCGGCGCCCCGCUGCCGCACGACGUGGCCGGGUUCCUCGGCGCCAUCCAGUACUACCUCGGCCAGCAUGUCUACGACGUCGCCACGAUGGCGGCCAACUGCACGGGCAUGCCGGUGGGGCUGGACCACAUCGCCACUAACCUGCGCAUCCACCCGCCGUGGGGGAGCCCUCGCCUCGCAGGCGCCGCCGGCGUGCGCGCACUUCUGGCCUUCAGGAUUUUGAAGGACGGGCGGUUCGGUGGCAACGCGGAGAGGUUCCGAGGCCUGCUUCAGGGCCUGCAGCAUUAGUUCUUCUUCCACGGUCGAUCAGAAUCGCACACGAGCAACGUCCUUGGUCAAGAAUUCGAAUGUGCAACGGACUCAUGCCGCCUGCCGCCGGUUAAAUAUAUUGCGCACUUGCGUCGAUCAUUGGUAGUUCAGAAGAUUGUUAUUACUA